GCUAUUUACGUGAGAUCGCCGUGAGCGAGGGAGCGCACGUCAUGGCCGAGCGCAGUCCGGCGGCGAGCGACGACUCGUCCGAGGCCGUGGCGCGCCGCGAGGACACCGACGGCAGCGCGCUGGCGCCGGCCAAGCAGCGACACAACAACAACGAGGUGGCGUACGCCAUCAUCGACGGCCGCGUGACACAGGUGCAGGUGGCCACCGCCGCCGACCUGGCCGCCGCCGCUGCCGCCGCUGCCGACGUCGACGCCGACGACAUGCCUGUCGACGUCGACGACGACCUCAAUGAUGAGGAGAAUGACGCCGAUGACGACUCGAUGGAGGAGCGUGUGGGCAGCCACCCGUCGGGGAUGGGCGCCAUCACGUCGCUGUCAGGCUCGCCCACCUACAGCGGCUCGACGCGGCUGUCUCACACGCCGACGUCCGACUUCCAGCCGCCCUACUUCCCGCCGCCGUACAACCCUGUCAGCGUGGCCGACCAGUUCCAGCUGCACCACGUCAACGCCAGCGAGGUGGCCUACCAGCUGAGCAGCAGCCUGCAGCAGCAGAGCUACCCCAUCAGCGCGCUGGCGCGCCGCGGCGACGCCGACAGUCUCACCGUCAGCGCGGCCAACCUGCACAUGUACGAUUCGGCACGGUUCGCGUCACGGCCCGAGACGGUGCUGAUGCGGGCCGGGCACGUGCUGGACGGCCAGGACGCCAUCGUCAUCCCCAACUCGAUCCACGCCAUGGACGACGGACAGGGAAUGGGCAUGGACAGUGAUUCAUUUCCAGGCGCCCGGCCGGACUCGGACGGCGAGGGGGGCGCGCUGCUGCCGGGCGGUCUGCACCCCUCCGACCUGUUCUGCAGCGUGCCCGGCCGCCUCUCGCUGCUCGCCUCCAACUCAAAGUACAAAGUGAAUGUGGCAGAGGUGCGCCGCCGCCUGGCGCCGCCCGAGUGCCUCAACGCCUCGCUGCUGGGCGGAAUCAUCCGCAGGGCGAAAUCGAAGAAUGGAGGUAGGUUACUGCGGGAAAACCUAGAGAAGAUCGGCUUGAACCUGCCUGCGGGCAGGAGGAAGGCGGCCAACGUCACGCUGCUGACGUCACUGGUCGAGGGCGAGGCCAUCCACCUGGCGCGCGACUUCGGCUACGUGUGUGAGACGGAGUUCCCGUCGCGUCAGAUCGCAGAGUACCUGUGCCGCCACCACGCCAACCCGGCCGAGCAGUACCAGCGCCGCGAGCUCGUCAAGGCCACCAAGGAGAUCACCAAGGAGCUGAUGGACCUGCUGAACCAGGACCGGUCGCCGCUGUGCAACACGCGGCCGCAGAUCAUCCUGGACCCGCAGAUCCAGCGGCACCUGACGCACUUCUCGCUCAUCACGCACGGCUUCGGCAGCCCGGCCAUCGUGGCCGCCCUGACCGCCAUACAGAACUACCUGAACGAGUCGCUCAAGUGUCUGGACAAGUCAGUUCCCCUCCAACAUCCACAUCCACCUGGGCUCGCCGGGCCUGGACAGCAAGCACAAGGACCUGGACAAGAAGUAGUCGGCGCCGGCGGCGCGGCCCGGCCGGCGCCGGGUCGGCGCCCGAGGCCAGCGCGCGCGGGGCGGCGCGGCCCGCCGCGCGCUCGUGUGCACGUGCCGCCGUUGACCCACCGCGUGUGCCAUUGGGGUAGAGAGAGCGCCGAAGCUGGCCCGGCCCAGCCUCGGGGCCGCCGGCAGUGGCCGGUAGGGAGCGUCUGCCGUCCCAAGCGUGCCUUAGCGGGCGGCGAACGCGCCGCGUUGUGUACAGUGUUUAGAGAGCGAGACGGAGAGGUGGACGUCAGUAUUGUGCCCUCUAGCCCAUGGCCGAGUCUGCUGGCUUUGCUCAAGGUCCGCCGGGCGGGCGGCCGGGUCCGCGGCUGGCGGACGGGACUGGUAUCAGUAGUGUCGGUCGGGGCCGUCGGUGGCGCUGCUGCCGCCGCGCCGACAAUGGCGGGGAUUAUGAAGUAACGCCGAUUGUGCUGGCCAGCAACCCGUCGCGGAGACGUCUAUGCAUAUCUACUUGCAUGCGGAAAUGGUACCUGGCGUUGUCUUGCUGCUGCGGCGGGUGGGGAAGGGCGCCGUUCAGGCUUGGCUCGGCGCCGCCAAAUACUCAGCUGGGGGCCGCUCCCGUCCGCGAUCAUUCCAGAGGCGUCCGGCGGCCGUAUCUUGUGUCUAGGCGCGCUGUGCGCCGCGCGCGGCCCGCGUCGGCGGAGGCGGCCGGGGGCGCUCCGAUGCCCGUGUCGCAGUGCGAUGGGUCCAAAAUCCGAGUGUGUUGGGGUUGUGCCUUUAUGCCCUGCAUGACGGGAUGCGGUGUGACGCGUCACAAGCUCGUGUGACGCGAUGUCUGUGCUUCCUGGGUGCCAGCGCACGUUUUGUGACCGCUGCCGUUUUGUAUCUCAGCGCGUAAAAGGAUGGCCUAUGUUUUGACGUGUCAUCGUUCAUUUACAAUAAAGUCAUUCCAACGCCCGCACCAAGUCA